ACCCCUGCCUUUCCUGAACAUUGAGAGUGCAAUAUGGUAGCGAAACAGAGCUGCUGGCUGUGAAUAUGCGGUUAGGAGUAAUUUCAUUACUUCCGCUACACAGUCUUUCAAAUGGUCUAAGAACUCCUAUUACAUUAUUCCAAACAGCUUUGUUUUGCAUUUUGCGCAAAUUUUGAGAAGAUAACGGUCUGGUGCGCGUCUCACACCUUCAAGGUAUCCCACUCGCUUUUCUUCACACCACUGUAACUGAGUCGGGCUUUUAAUCGCCGCUGGGGAGACGAGCUGUCAAGAUACUUUAAUCCGUCUGGAUAGCUGGGGAUGCUUAAAGUCACUAUGCCCUCGUCCAGAGCUGGGGCAUCUCCAGCUCCAGACUACUGGAUAGAUGGAUCAAAGAAGGAGACACUGGCUGACUACUAUGAGUUGGAGUCCGAAUUGGGACGGGGAGCGACGUCCGUGGUGUGCAGAUGUCGACAGAAGGGAACGCAGAAGCCGUAUGCCGUGAAAACGCUAAAGAAAACAGUGGACAAGAAGAUAGUGAGGACAGAGAUAGGUGUUCUAGUUCGACUCUCUCACCCGAACAUUAUCAAACUAAAAGAGAUCUUUGAGACCCCAUCAGAGAUCAGCCUGGUCUUAGAACUUGUGACUGGAGGAGAACUAUUUGAUAGGGUGGUGGAGAAGGGAUUCUACACUGAGAGGGAUGCUGCUGAUUCUGUCAGACAAGUUUUGGAAGCUGUCGCAUACCUGCAUGAAAACGGCGUGGUGCACCGAGACCUGAAACCCGAGAAUCUUCUAUACGCCACCUCAGCACCAGAUGCUCCCCUCAAAAUAGCUGAUUUUGGUCUGUCAAAGAUUAUUGAUGAUCAGGUCACGAUGAAGACAGUUUGUGGUACACCAGGAUACUGCGCCCCAGAGAUCCUGCGAGGAUGUGCCUAUGGCCCUGAGGUUGACAUGUGGUCGGUGGGAGUUAUUACGUACAUCUUGCUAUGUGGAUUUGAACCAUUCUUCGAUGAAAGAGGGGACCAAUACAUGUUCAAGAGGAUCCUCAACUGUGAAUAUGAGUUUGUCUCCCCCUGGUGGGACAAUGUCUCCAUCAAUGCCAAGGACCUGGUGAGAAAGCUGAUUGUCCAGGAUCCAAAGAAGCGGCUGACAACCUUGCAAGCUCUGCAGCACCCUUGGGUGACUGGGAAGGCAGUUAACUCAGCCCAUAUGGACACUGCUCAGAAGAAACUGCAGGAAUUCAAUGCACGUCGAAAACUCAAGGCUGCAGUAAAGGCUGUCGUGGCCUCAUCACGGUUAGGCAGCGCCGGCAGUCAUGGUAACACAGACAACAGCAAGAACGGCAACUGCAACAACUCUGCCAAUCAGAAAGAGGCUCAAGAGGAGCAGCCUCGGAACGACCAGUCCCAGAUCCAGGAGGGAUCCUAACUGGAUGUUGUCCCUCUCACCCUGUGAAAGCAUUCUACCAUUCUACCCUUCUUUUGGACCAGUAUAGUGGCUAAGAUAAACAUUGUGGUCUUACCUCUUGUACUGGGAUACGCUGCCUGGCUUUAAUGCAUGUGACUGAUUUAUUAAACCAUGUACAAACUUAUUGACUCAGCACAAUGAAAAACAACUUGCCUACAAGUAUUUUACCUACAUGUGUAAUCAGAGAUGACCACUACGCAUGUCCAUUUCAUAACUCUUACAACACGUAGCUUCACAGGAUGGCUUAUCUCUUCCAUUACAUCAUGCCAUUACCUCGAAACGGAUUCCAAGUGUUCACACACUUUUGCCAGUUUAUGAAUGAAUGAUACAAUUGGCAGAUUAAGGAUAUAGGCCAUUAUGUGUUCUGGUUUGCUUCACGCUGCUUGGAGGCUGAAUAAAAUCUAAUCUAGAAAAUCGAUUUGGGAUGAUUUGCAAUACUGGCCGGCUACUACAUUACCUGUUCGGAAAACGGGCAGGACACAUUUUUCACAUGGUCAUAAAGAAAAUGUAUUACAACUUCUAAGGAGAAUGCCUUAUUGUAUCUUAUUAACUGGAUUUUACACUCCAUUUUUAAGAAAUAUUUCAUAUAUUGUUAAGAAUUAGAUUUAAAAAAAAAGUUAAGUAAAAAAAACAACAAUUGCACAAUGAUUGUACUCAAAUUUUCAAAGACAUUGUUAUUUUGUGGUGUAGUGUUAUUUUAUCAUGAAAAACCUUUCACUUUUUUAUACUUAAAUAUGUUCCGUAGAACUGAAAAGGCACUCCAGUUUUUUAUUGCCAAAUACUUAAUUUGCUAUGGAAAUGGAUGACUAGGAACAGGACUCUGUGCCAAAAAUUGGUUAGGGCUUUAUUUGAUAAUAUGCCUACACUAUUAAAUACAAUGGAAGAGGCUGUUCUCUUCAUGCAAAUACUUCUGUCUCAUUAACUCAUCAACUGACAUGCCUUGUAGUGAAAUGUUUUUAUAAAUCUACAAAGAAAAAGGUUUGUUGCAUAAUGAAUUUUAGCAUGCUUUUGCCUGCAGUAUAAAGGAAUGUAGUGGAUAAUGAAAUCCAUUCAUUAAGGUUUGUUCUUUUGCAUGUAGGAAUGUUGAAUUGAAAUGCUGCGGUUGUUUGUAAAGGUGCACAAUAAUUAAAUAACAUCACAUGACAUAAAUGUGUGUUAGACAGUGACAUAUUAGAGGCUUCCUGAAGGCCACAACACGUCAACUUGGUAUUCAUUUUAUAUGCUCAAGGGAACAUUCAGUAAUUUAAUGUUGUCUAAAAAGUGUUACCUUUAGGAUGGAUUUGGUAUGAAAUGCAGGAUUACAAAUAAAACAAUAUGAAGUGA